AAGGCAGUUUUAUGCUUUUUCAUAAAAUUUUAAUAAAAAGGAACACAUGCAAACCAACAACAACAUUAAUUUCCUGUUUUAUAAGAUCAAAAAUGUGAUAGCAUUUACUUUUUUGAUACGCCAUAUAUUUAGGUAAUAUUUGAGAUUCAUCACUUGCCUUUAGAUUUACACACACAAUUAGAAGUUGACACUUAAUCCCAGAAACUACAAUUCCUGAGAUCACUGGCUAAUUAUUUCUUUCGACACGCGACCGAAUGAACAAAUAAGAGUUAGUCAUACUUUUUAGUUUCAGUCUGUUGACAACAGACCACCAGCUCAGGAAACACAACUCAACCGCCCAUGUGCACAUGACCUGGCUUUUCAAUCAGAUUCGACUGAGAGCGGAAAAUGCUCUGCUUUUCAGCACCCAUACGCUAAUUUCCUCCGCCUGCAGUGUGAAAAUCAAGGCGAGAAACAAGAACAAUUGGAGGUGCUAAUCACGGCGAGCAAAAACAUUUUGCCAAUUGUAUAAAUUGCGGGAACCAGCCAAGUGAAGCCACAAUUGACAACUUGCAGUCCAGCUAAAACCAAGUACACUUUUGAUAACAAAAAUGAACUUUCAACCGAUCAUCUUUCAACUGAUCGCCUGCUUGGCGUUUUUAGCGCAGGUAUUUGGUUAUCCUCAGGAGCGAAUUUCUUCGGCAGAACACAUCCAAAGACUGAGUUCUGCCACGGAUGCGGAAAAUCAAGCCCUAACAUCCAGUGAAACCAUCGAAAACCUGUACAGAUAUGAACGAACUUUAAGCAGACUGAGGAGAGCAUUGGAGGAGCUGGCCUAUGAGGAGUCAGCCGAUGACAUGGAGCUGGCAGAGAUCAAUGUAUUCCGACCUCUGUUCCGAUAUCGAUCGCAGGUGGUGAAGGUGAAGAAUCCCAACUCCCAGCAGCAAUUUGGCUAACUGCUGGAAAAUGAUCAAUAACAUAGAUUUAAGCUUACCCAUCUCGCCACAUUUCACAAAAACUGAUCACAUGCCAUUGAUAUUUUUUUAUACAAACCUAGCUUCUUAAGAAAUAAAAGAAAACUAAUUUAAAUUGUUAAACAUUUAAA